CCCCUUUUCUCUCUCUGCCUGUUCAUUCAGGUCUCAGUCGAUCUUUGUCUCUCGUUCUACUCAUCAUGUCCAGCUGGAGCCUCUUGUCUGUUUAUCUGAGUGCAGCUUCCCUGAUGCUGCUGACCGCUGUGUCGGAGGCUCAGUAUUACGACUUAACACCGGCUCCAGACUACGACGACUACAACGCCACCUUCGAGUACAGCUUCUACAGUAACGCCAGCAGUGAAGACUUGGACAAGUUUAGCGAGCUAUUCAUCGAUGAAGAGGAAGAGGCCGUUACCAUGACAACCAUUCACGGAACCACAGAGUGGGGCCGGGUCGACGAUCGUAACACUGCAUCACUUCCUGUUUCUCUGGAAAUCAGGACGCUUGUCUGGACUCUAAUUAUCCUGAUGAGCCUGAACAUGCAGCAGCUCCAACACACACUAUGAGACGCACACUGAGACACACACUCAGCAGCUGACGUCUGAUCAGUUCCAUCCUGCAGAAACCAGUGUGGGUCACCUGAUGUGAGGUGGGAGGGGUUUCAUUCACCUGCGUGACCUUUGACCCCUGCGGUGAGGAGCCACGGUGUCCCUCCCGUGGGUUCACAGGUGGACCAAUCACAGAGCACCACAGCAACACAGAGACUCUUCCUCGUUCUUCUUCACCUUAUCACAGCGUUUCACUGUUAGUCUCUCUCUCUCUAUAUAUAAACUAUGUAAAUAUGGAGGAUUAUCCGGAUAAAUAUGGAAGUUUACUCACGUCUAAAGGGUUGAAUGAGACAUAACAACAACUCAGAGAAUAAAAUCAUCAAAUUAAAUAAAUGUAUUAAAUUAAUAUCAAAAUAUGUUUUCCCUUGUAUAUCUAUGAUGUGCUAAGUUUAACAUUCAAUUAAACCCUGUUAAUGUUAAGUUCUGAUCAGCCAUGUUGAGAGCCAUACGGAGUCAAUCGAAAUGCUUUAGCACCUUUAAGCUCAAUACACCUUUUAAAAAGCCUCUUUAAUCAGCUGGAAAAUGUUCCUGUUAGAGAUACGUGAUUCUAUAUCAGUAUAUACACUAUAUAUACAUAUAUAUAUAUAUAUAUUUAUAGAAUCUAAUUCUUCUUUCUGUAUUUGAAGGCGUUUCCUGUGAAUCAACCAGCAGCACUUUGUAAACAAACAGCACUUAUCUCUGAAUGUGUUUUCAUGUCUUAUUGUUGAGUUCUGUGUGGAAACGUAAUGAAUAAUAAGCUCAAUUAAGCAGUUUGAAUGAACAUUAACCGUCAGGACAAAAGUCUCGUUGAACGAUAACACAUUUAAAGAAAUAGGUUCAAGUUUUACGAUAUUAUAAUUGACACGUUUUGUUUCACUGCGAGAACAUUCAGGAACUUCCAGAACAAUCUAGAACAGAUUUUUGUACGUUUGUUUGUGUUUUGCAAUAAAAUGUCUGAAAGGUUA